CGCAGAGUAGCGGCGGCAGCGGCGGCGGCGGCAGCAGCCACCCAAUGUCCUCAGUCCCAGAGAAGGCGCAGCAACACGGCGGCCACAGCAGCGGCGGCAGCGGCGGCGGCGGCGGCGGCUCAGCCAUGGACCCCGCCUCGUCCACCACCUCGAAGGCCAAGAAGACGAAUGCGGGGAUCCGGCGGCCUGAGAAGCCGCCCUACUCCUACAUCGCGCUCAUCGUCAUGGCCAUCCAGAGUUCGCCCACCAAGAGGCUGACGCUCAGUGAGAUCUAUCAGUUCCUCCAGAGCCGCUUCCCUUUCUUCCGAGGCUCCUACCAGGGCUGGAAGAACUCUGUGCGCCACAACCUCUCUCUCAACGAGUGCUUCAUCAAGCUGCCCAAAGGGCUGGGCCGCCCGGGUAAGGGCCACUACUGGACCAUCGAUCCGGCCAGCGAGUUCAUGUUCGAGGAGGGCUCCUUUCGCCGGAGGCCCCGCGGCUUCCGAAGGAAGUGCCAGGCUCUCAAGCCCAUGUACAGCAUGAUGAACGGGCUGGGUUUCAACCACCUCCCCGACACCUACAGCUUUCAGGGCUCAGCCGGAGCCAUCUCCUGCCCGCCCAACAGCCUGGCCUUGGAGGGCGGCAUCGGCAUGAUGAACGGCCACUUGCCGGGCAACGUGGACGGCCUGGGCCUGCCAGGUCACUCGGUGCCCCACCUGCCCGCCAACGGCGGCCACUCCUACAUGGGCAGCUGCGCGGGUUCGGCGGGCGCCGAGUACCCGCACCCGGAGGGUUCCGUGUCCGCCUCCCCGCUGCUGGCCAGCGGCGGGGUCAUGGAGCCGCACUCAGUGUACUCGGGCUCCGCCUCCGCUUGGCCGCCCUCGGCCUCAGCAGCAGCGCUCAACAGCGGUGCCUCUUACAUCAAGCAGCAGCCCCUGUCCCCCUGCAACCCUGCCGCCAAUCCCCUGUCGUCCAGCCUCCCCACGCACUCCCUGGAGCAGCCUUAUCUGCACCAGAACAGCCACAACCCUGCCGAACUACAAGGAAUCCCCCGGUAUCACUCUCAGUCUCCAAGCAUGUGCGACCGAAAGGAGUUCGUCUUUUCUUUCAACGCUAUGGCCUCCUCUUCGAUGCAUUCAGCAAGUAGCGGCUCUUACUAUCACCAACAAGUGACCUACCAGGACAUCAAGCCCUGUGUUAUGUGAUGGCUGGGCCGGCAGCCCUGCAGCGACACAAAAGGCGCUCCCUUUCCCCAUCACGGGGCGAAGGGAUCUCUAAAAACUGAAGAAAAAGAAAAGAAACUGAUUAAUUCUUGAGGUAUAAAGCCAUCAGCAGCAAGAGACCUGGCAGAGGAAAUCCCGAAGGGAAUGCACCAGAUCGCUGGUGAAAGCAGUUCCCAACUCCUGCUCCUAGUUCCCACCUCUACCCCCAGGCUCUAAUUUUCAAUUCUGGUAUAGAUUGGGACCUAGUCUGACUGUCAGUGUUUGAGAAUCGGCAUUCAGAUCCUUUUGGAGUGACCCAGACCCAACGGAUCCGGAUGGCAAGGUGCUGUGUUUGGGGAACCCCCAAAAGACGUGAGGAAAAACCUGCUAGUUCCCCCCCCCCCCCUCCUUUUCCUCCAGGGACGCGAAUUUGGGCAAGGAAGGACAGCGGGUUGGUGAGGGUGGGGACAUGUGAAAUCCAGUAAUUAUCAAAGACUCUUAUUUUGUCGGUUUGAAUAUUUAUCUCUUUGUCAUUGUUGUUGUUGAAAGAAUGUCUUAGAAAGAGCGUCUUCCCCCAACACCACAUUAUGUGGGGUCAAGAAAUUGCUCUGUCUUCGCCCGGAUUCUCUUCAGAUCAACCCCGAGUGGAACUUAGAGACAAAGUUCUAUUUUCCGAUACCACUCUCCGCUUAAAAAAAAUAAAAUAAAAUAAAAGUAAAUUAAACUUAAACCAAAUUACAGCGAGCCAAAGAAGUGAGUCCGUAGCCGUUAGACUUCCCCUCUGUUUUGCUCUCCCAACAGAGCAGAUUUUUUUUUUCCCGAAUCACCCGUGGGCCUCUUUGUUUUCCACUCACAAAAUCCUUUCCGAUCUCUACUGUAAACUUUCUGGUCCAAGACUGAGCAUUGGGCUCUGGAGGCUGAAAAUCAGCGGGUGUUUAGGAUUUAAAAGAAAAGCUACUAAUUCCAAAGUGGAUUCAGGAUCGCCGGGACACAGAAAGAUUAAGGCACUUUUAAAAAAAAAUAGCAAGGCUCAUCCUGUUAUUUAUUCUAUUUUUUUCUAAUAAUCGAAACACCACGUCGGCUCCGUGGAUCAGUAUUAAAUGGUGUGUACCUCGUUGGCAAUAUUUGCCGUGUAGAUUUUUUUUUUUUUUUUUUAGUUUUCCAUUGUAAAUUUGAAACAAAGUCGAUCUGUGUAAAGACAAAUUUCCAUAUGUUUUAUAUAAAUAUAUAUAUAAUGAAGGACUAUUUCCCCCCCUUUUUUGUAUGUUGGCUGCGUCGGGCAGCGUUUGUGACACCUAUUUUAAGCUUUCUUCUGCACUGUAUAAAAUGGUAAUUAAUGACGUGCCCUUUGUGUACCCUUUUCCAAAAAAAAAAAAAAUAGAACAAAAAUAAAAACAUGUAUAGCAUUUGUACAUGGUCUUCACACUUGUAUGAACCAUAAAUAAAACACCACGAGUAUUUUACCAGAA